CGAUCACUAUUCGAGGAGGGGUGGUAUACGGAGCGAAAACAGCAGCUGGACAAGUCUCUUAGUUCAACCAUUGAGAAUGGCACGUAUUUGACCAAGUCGAACCCCAUCAGAAUUGUGAUGCGCAACUAGUAUCUCUAGGGACUUCAGCCAAUACCCACCUGGAAGCGCUGGUUAGAGCAGAGGAAUCGUAGAGAAGGGAUGGUGAAGUAUGAGUGGCAAACUGGGAAGGGAAUGGCAUUUCUGCCGGAGCUAGGAGGAGGCGGGAACUUUCUUCAAGCCUACUGCAUGAGACUCAACUCUGCUAGUACGAGCAACAAGGUGGAAUUCACGGAUGAUGUGAUCCUUUUGAGCGAGAAGAAAGGCCUCCUUCAAGUCGUCACGUUUUUGGACUCGCCGAAGACCAUCCAGGCAACUCGAGACGUCCUUUCUCUCCUUGACGAAGCAUCUAGAGGGGCAGUGAAGGGAGAAGAAGCAACCUUUUUUUGUCAGCGACACAAAACCACCACAGGGAGCGGAUACGAUGGGACAAGACAGUGUGUACCGCUUGGCCACUGCGGAGGAAUUCGCGUCGGAUGCAGCCAACAGCAAUGGACGACCAAGAACCGCUAUUCUACGAUGCCAAGAGAAUCAAUAGAGAUUCUGGGUACAAGCCUUUUGUGAUUCUAAGACCAGAUCGAUUUGUCUUCGCUGCGUGUGGAGAUCGCGAGGAUCUCUUG